AUGGUUCUUAAUCGCGUUAUACUAUCUACGUUGUUAUUUUAUGUCAUUUGUGAGGAAAAUCCUGACAAGAGGAUUCUCCUGAGUGACCCAGACUACUUCAAACAACAGAUCACCCACCUACAGAGUGAAAUACAGUCCCUUCAGGCCACGACACAGUCACAGAAUGCUGAGCUUCAGACUCAAACAGUGGAGCUACAUACCCUUCAGGCAACUGUACAGUCUCAAAAUGCAACGCUUCAGACUCAAUCUGGUGAACUACAUACACUACAGACCCUACAGGCCACGGUACAGACACAGAAUAGUGAGCUGCAGACCCUUCAUACCACGGUACAAACACAGGCGAGUGAUAUAUCCUCUCUGAAACAACUCGUACAGGCAAAUUCUGAUGUCGGCGGGUCGACAUUUGUACGUUGGGGACGGACCGACUGUCCUGCCAACCUGACGGAGCUCGUGUAUUCUGGUUAUGCAGGCGGUUCUUGGUUUGACCAUUCUGGAGCUGCAGCUAACCCUCUUUGCCUGCCAUCUGAUCCAGAAUGGUUACAUACAACAAUUGUACCAGACGACUACACCGGACGGAUUUAUGGGGCAGAGUACCAAUCGCUUAAUGCUCACACUCUGUUCGGCCCAAAAUCACACGACGAAGAAGUUCCGUGUGCGGUCUGUAGAUCGACGUCCUUUGUCUCCUCUGUGAUGAUACCGGCGAGGACGACAUGCUACAGCGGCUGGACGAAGGCGUACGGCGGGUCACUGUCGUCAGGGUACUACGCUCUACCGGCUGCUUCUCAAUAUGUGUGUAUAGAUGAGCAUGCACAGGCUGUUGUUGGAGGUGGAGACAGAAACGACAAUGGUUUAUUAUUUUAUGGCGUCAAGGCGUUUUGUGGCUCCCUUCGAUGUCCACCAUACGAGGAAGAUAAAUUUAUAGCUUGUGUGGUUUGCAUGAAAUAAAUCUCA